UUCUGAAGAUUUUAUUGUUCAUGACCAGUAUCCCCUUGAUAAAUUUAACAGGUUAGGGUUAGAAUAAGUCAGCUCACGUGUACACGUGAGUCGGUCAUUAUUCUCAUCAAAUAAUUAAAUAAAUAAAUUUGUUAAGUUAUAAAAUUUAAAAAUGGCGAUGUACAAUUUCAAAAAAAUAACCGUAGUCCCUACGGCAAAGGACUUUAUAGAUAUCAUAUUAUCAAAAACUCAAAGGAAAACACCGACAGUAAUUCACAAAAAUUACAAAAUAUCCCGAAUCCGCGCGUUCUACACCCGGAAAGUUAAAUUUACUCAGCAAAAUUUCCAUGACCGCCUGUCGAAAAUAAUCCAGGAGUUUCCGAAGCUUGAUGAUGUCCAUCCAUUUUAUGCUGAUUUGAUGAACGUUCUCUACGACAAAGAUCAUUACAAGUUGGCUCUUGGUCAAACUAAUACCGCGAGACAUUUAAUUGAUAAUGUCGCUAAGGAUUAUGUUCGUUUACUCAAAUACGGAGACUCUCUGUACAGAUGUAAGCAACUUAAAAAAGCGGCUUUGGGUCGCAUGGCGACAAUAAUGAAACGACAAGCUGCUAAUUUAACAUAUUUGGAACAAGUCCGUCAGCAUUUAGCACGUCUUCCUAGUAUUGAUCCUUACACACGUACGAUUAUCAUCUGUGGGUUUCCUAAUGUUGGAAAAAGUAGUUUUAUCAACAAGAUCACUCGUGCUGACGUUGAAGUCCAGCCUUAUGCUUUCACAACAAAAUCACUUUACGUAGGACACACGGAUUAUUUAUAUCAACGCUAUCAGGUGAUUGACACACCGGGAAUAUUGGAUCACGCAUUGGAAGACCGUAACGUAAUUGAAAUGCAAGCAGUGACGGCGUUAGCACAUUUACGUUCGGCGGUUCUGUACUUCUGCGACUUGUCCGAGCAGUGCGGGCACUCGCUGGAGGAGCAACUCAAAUUAUUUGAGUCAAUAAAGCCAUUGUUCAACAACAAACCGCUGAUAGUUGUCGCCAACAAGAUCGACGUAGUGAGUCUUGAUGAAUUAUCAGAAGAAAAGCGCGAGGUUAUUAAGAAAUUUGAAGAACAUGAAGUCCCGAUCAUGGAGACUAGUACGGUUACUGAGCAGGGUGUAAUGGAAGUGAAGCUCGAGGCUUGCCAGCGUUUGCUGGCAUUUAGAGUUGAUCAGAAAAUCAGGACCAAGAAAGUUGAAGGAAAAGAGAAUCGUCUCCAUGUUGCUAUGCCUGCUCCGAGGGACGCGAAAGAACGUCCACCGUGUAUUCCUGCUAGUGUGAUGCAGAAGAAAGCAGCCGCUGCUGAAAAAGCUGAGCGCAAACGUAAAUUGGAGCGUCAUAUUGAGGAAGAGAUGGGUGAUGAUUAUAUUCUUGAUUUGAAGAAGAAUUAUGACAUUGAAGGUGAUCAGAAGUAUGAUAUUAUUCCCGAAAUUUGGGAAGGUCAUAAUAUUGCUGAUUAUAUUGAUCCUGAAAUAUUUGACAAAUUGAACGAAUUGGAAAGAGCCGAAGAACUGAGAACACAAGCUGGAAUUUACGAUUACAAAGUACCAGAGUUAACGGAAACGAUGAAAGACAUCAGAGCACUGGCUCAGCAAAUCCGCGACCAGAAGGUCAUAAUGAAACAAGAGUCGCGUAUUAAUAAACAAUCUACAAAACCAGUAAUGCCGCGGAAUACAGCAGCCCGUGGCCGCGAUAGGAGUGUCCAUAAAUUAAGAGACCAGAUGGAAGAACUUGGUGUUGAUAUGGAAGACACCAAAGACGCUCAUUUCACCAAAACUCGCGGAAGAUCACGAUCAUUGUCCGGCCCGGCUCGUAAGAGACAACGCGUUGAGUCCGUCGUCUCUGUUUCGCGCGCUCGCAGCAGCUCGCGACCUGCUAGAGAUGAUAUCGGUGUCAAAGAUGUUACGAUGAAAUCCAAGCUGAAGAAUAUCGCCCACAAAGCCAUCAAGAAAAAGGUUGCCAAGAAAGGUCUCAAAGGUGAAGCUGAUCGUUUCAUCGGAACUAAAAUGCCUAGGCAUUUGUUCUCCGGAAAACGAGGAGUUGGAAAAACAGAUAGAAGAUAAGAAUAUGAUAAAUUGUUUCUAUUACUCGUAUAUCUGGUACGUUUCAUUGAACGUAAAAUUUAUUUUCACAGUAUGAAGCUUAAAUUAAACUUAAUUAUUAAAAAAAUACUUGUUGCGUUUUUUCAAUACUUUUAUUAUUAAUUUGUUCUUUUAAUUAUUUUACAUUGCGUUUAUUAUUGCAAUCAACUUUCGAACGUAAUGUAAUUGAUAACAAAAAAAAUAAUAACUGAUAAAAUAUA